UCAUACGUACUCACAAUCUUACAUUACAAUGUCUUUUUUCAUGGUGAUCAAACUUUUGUUGUCUCAUCUUUUCAUCGCACUCAACAUCUAUGAGGCACAUUCAACUGAAUUCACAGUGAAGAAUAAUUGCGGAUACAAAAUCUGGGCAGCAACACAAACCGGCACCGGCCCACAGAUUCCGACAGGGUUCGAACUGCCGCCAAAGGCUUCGAACACUCUGACCGUUACUCCACCGUGGUCGGGCCGGCUCUGGGCCCGAACCCAAUGCUCGGGUCCCUCGGGAGCCCUCGUCUGUAACACCGGAGACUGCACCACCGGAAAAAUCGAAUGUAACAGCCCUGGCGGUAAGCCGCCGGCGUCCCUCGUGGAGUACACCCUCGCCGGCGCCGAUCAGAAGGAUUUCUACGACAUCAGCCUCGUCGACGGUUUCAACGUGCCGGUGUCCGUUCAGCCCACCGGCCCCAACUGCCCGACGACGAGCUGCUCCAGCAACGUCAACAGCGCCUGCCCCAACGAACUGGCGCUGAGAGGCGACGAUGGCGCCGUCAUCGGAUGCCGAAGCGCCUGCACGGUUUUUCAGCAGCCGCAGUACUGCUGCACCGGCAGCUAUGGCAGUCCGACGACGUGCCGGCCGACGAAUUACUCGAUGAUUUUCAAGAAACAGUGCCCGCAGGCUUACAGCUACGCUUACGACGAUUCCAGCGGCAUCUUCACUUGCCCCACCGGCGGGAAUUAUGUCAUCACUUUUUGCCCUUAA